AUGGCAAGAGGCCCAAAGAAGCAUUUGAAGAGAUUAGCAGCUCCAUCCCACUGGAUGUUGGACAAAUUGUCCGGUACCUACGCUCCAAGACCAUCUGCUGGUCCCCACAAGUUGAGAGAAUCCUUACCAUUGGUUAUCUUCUUGAGAAACAGACUUAAGUAUGCCUUGAACGGUAGAGAAGUCAAGGCUAUCUUGAUGCAAGAACACGUCAAGGUUGACGGUAAGGUCAGAACUGACUCUACCUUCCCAGCCGGUUUCAUGGAUGUCAUCACCUUGGAGGCCACCAACGAAAACUUCAGAUUGGUUUACGACGUCAAGGGUAGAUUUGCUGUCCACAGAAUCACUGCUGAAGAAGCUUCCUACAAGUUGGGUAAGGUCAAGAAGGUCCAAUUAGGUAAGAGAGGUAUUCCAUACGUUGUCACCCACGACGGUAGAACCAUCAGAUACCCAGACCCAUUGAUCAAGGCUAACGACACCGUCAAGAUUGACUUGGCCACUGGUAAGAUCACUGACUUCAUCAAGUUCGACACUGGUAGAUUAGUUAUGGUCACUGGUGGUCGUAACAUGGGUAGAGUUGGUGUUAUCACCCACAGAGAAAAGCACGAGGGUGGUUUCGACUUGGUCCACAUCAAGGACACCUUGGAAAACACUUUCGUUACCAGAUUGUCCAACGUGUUUGUCAUUGGUACCGAAGCUGGUAAGCCCCACGUUUCCUUGCCAAAGGGUAAGGGUAUCAAGUUGUCUAUUUCUGAAGAAAGAGACAGAAGAAGAGCCCAAAGCGGUUUGUAA